GAAAACAUUGAAAUGAUCAAUGCUAGGGACAGACAAGCCAAAAAAUUAGCAGAAGAGCAGAAGAGAACUUCUGAAUUAGAGCAGAAACUUCGUGACUUGAAUAAGGGCAUACAGAGUGUGCAGUUGAAAGCGAGGACUGAGAAGGAGCAGAAGAGCGAACGGGAGGAUAGGGUGAUCACCCUCACAAACAAGAUUCGACAACUAGAGAUUCAACUAGCCGAUAGAACGGCCAAAAGCGAUAUUAACUCGGACUUAGUGAAGAAAAUGGAGUCAGACGCUCAAAAUAUGUUGCAAGAGAUGAAUAAACUAAAACAAAGUAACUUGGACCUUGGCCGACAAAAUGAUGAGCUACGAGCAACAUGUAAAUCGCUUGAUGAGGAACUUGGCCAUGUUCGAAAUGCACUCGAGAAGAAGACCUCUACAUCUAAGCAAGCGAUGACUGAUCUCUUGAACAACUAUAAAGAAUCCGAGAAGAAUUCGGUAGAAAGAGCUGCU